GUGCAACGGAUGAUCAAAAUUUGAAGGUGCAUUGACUCGGCCAGGGGUGUUUAUUGUGUUGUUGAUGUUAUAAAAUCAUCUCCGUCUGUUUAUCAACAAAGAAAAUUUUCUAUUUUGUUUCGAUGGACUCUUUUUUUGACCUUUUCGACCCGUCCCCAUCGUCGGGCUCGAACAGCGACUCCGACCUGCGGAACGGGAACGAUGACGAUAGUAAUGAGCAACUCGACACCAUAAGUCAGCUCCUGCACCACCGGACAGAUGAUAGCAGCAACGAGCUGGUACUGAAAGGCAUCGAUUUCAACCUUGGCUUUCUUCCGCCGGAGCCCCAGCUCGGUAACAUUGAGUACAAACUAAAGCUGAUCAAUCCGUCGAAGCAACGGUUCGAGCAUCUGGUGACGCAGAUGAAAUGGCGGUUACGCGAGGGAAAUGGUGAGGCAAUCUAUGAAAUCGGUGUAUCGGACUCGGGUCACCUGCACGGACUGAACGACGCCGAUAUGACCGUUUCGUUGCACACGCUCAACCAGAUGGCGCGAAAGCUGGACGCCUCGACGAGCAUCUUGCGGCGGAAAAGCCUCGCCGAUCAUCGGAGCGUCGUCGAAGUGCUGGUACGCAAAAUCCCUGACGAUCAGCACAACAUCGAGGUGCGUGUGGCCGUGUUGGGUGGUGCCGAUGCGGGAAAGUCCACCCUGCUCGGCGUGCUAACGCAGGGCGAGUUCGACAAUGGGCGUGGACUGGCACGGUUGAACAUGUUCCGGCACAUGCACGAAAUACAGACUGGCCGCACAUCCUGCAUAUCGCACGAAACGCUCGGAUUCGAUGCCGAGGGCAGCGUGAUUAACUACAAGUACAACGAAAUGAUGACGGCAGAAGAGAUUAGCGAUCGCUCGACCAAGCUCGUCACCUUCAUGGAUCUGGCAGGACAUCGGCGGUACCUGAAAACUACGGUUCAGGCACUGUCCGGGUACUGUCCGCACCAUGCACUGAUUGUGAUAGCGGCCGGCAACAUUAGCAAUAUGACACGGGAGCAUCUGGCGAUCAUCCACGCCCUUGACAUAUCGUUCUCGAUAAUCGUGACGAAAAUUGAUCUCGCACCACCCGAACCGAUCUUGUUCGAGCUGAAGAAUUUGCUCACCUCGAUCGGCUAUCGGAAGGUACCGUACUUAAUUAGUAACCAGGACGAUGUGCUCAACGCAAAUGCACACCAGAGCGUCGAACAGAUCGUGCCCAUCUUUUGCGUAUCGAACGUAACUGGCGAGGGAUUAGACUUGCUGAUCCAGUAUCUGUACGUCCUAUCGCCGGGGAUAAGUAAUGCAGAAAAGGAGCGACUGGAGCAGCAACCGAUCGAGUUUCAGAUAGAUGAAAUUUUUCGCGUCUCCGAGGUUGGAACAGUGGCCGGCGGAUUGCUCUGCAAGGGCGUUCUUACUGAGGCCAGUCAGGUGAAGGUGGGACCGCUACAGGAUGGGUCAUUCUUUUCCGUAACCGUGCAAACGAUUCAUCGAAAUAAAGCACCGUGUCGUGUGGUGCGUGCAGGGCAGAGUGCAUCGCUGUCCUUCAACACGAUUGAACCGAUGCCUGCACUGCGCAGCGGUAUGGUAAUACUGCCCGACUACGAGAGCAGCGAUGUGGCCUGUGGGUGCUUCUUCUUUCAGGCACAAGUGUCAGUGCUGUUUCACGCGACACGCAUCUUUAAAGGAUUUCAAACUACCGUACACAUCGGUAGCAUUCGUCAGACGGCCAUUAUCGAGGGUAUCAUGGGUGCUGGGGACACGGGCAUAGGUACAAAUCAAUCCGCCUCGGUGCUGUUCCGGUUCGUGCGACACCCGGAGUAUGUGCGCCCGGGGAUGAGGAUACUGUUCCGCGAAGGCACCAGCAAAGGGAUCGGGAAGGUGACGCAGGUUUUCCCGCUGAAACAGACACUCAGCUCCUCCACCGACUAG